AUGGAUCGUGUAGUGGAGAUUUAUAAUCCUGUUGACAAGAUUGUGGGUGGUAGAGCAGCAAAAUUGAUUGACUUUCAAAUAUGUGAUAAUGCUGACAAUUACUUGAUGUGUACCUUGUGGGAUUCUCAUGUGGACUCUCUACUGCCAUAUUACAAUUCUGAUUCGAAGGAACCAGUGAUUGUAGCUAUUCAGUGUUGUAGGGCCAAGGUGGUUAAUGGUGAGGUUAGAAUAACAUCAUCAUAUGAUGCUACUAAGCUAUGGUUUAAUGAGGAGUUUGAUGAGUUCAAGGAUUUCAGAUCCAAUUUCAGCACUGGCACUCUACACUCAAAGUCAACAGGGAUUGAAAGUUUCCAAAAGGGUGAAACAAUUGUCUCAACAAUUUUUGAUCUCUAUAAAAUCCAAGGGGAUGGUCAGUAUUUUGUUCCUGCUGAAAUAAUUGCUAUAGAGGCUUCAAGAGGUGAGUGGUACUACAUGGCCUGCAUGAAACCUGGCUGUAACAAGAAUCUCAAAGAAUUUGAAGGGUCCCUAGUAUGUGACAAGUGUGAAAAACACUAUCAAGAAGGUACAACAAGGUAUAAAAUUUUGGUUAGACAAAACUAA